AUGUCGGACACAAUUGCCAUUGCGUCGCCCGCCGAUUUUCAUGUCCACCUCCGACAAGGUGAUCUUGCAGCACUUGUCACGAAACAUGUGAGGCAGGGUGGGUUCAGGCUGGCGUAUGUGAUGCCGAACCUCAAACCGCCCAUUGCGAAUGCUGAGGAAGCUCUCUUGUACAAGGCACAGCUACAAGCUAUCGACCCUACCAUAGAGUACCUGAUGACCCUGUAUCUUUCGCCCGAUCUCACUCCCGACGAGAUUCGCAAGGCGAAACGCGCCGGCAUAGUGGGGGUCAAAUCGUAUCCUCGUGGUGUUACCACAAAUUCUGACGGUGGCAUCGAGUCUUACGAGACGUACUAUCCGGUGUUUGAGGCGAUGGAGCAAGAAGACAUGGUCCUGAAUCUGCAUGGUGAAAUCCCUUCUGACGCUGCCACAAACACCUGCGUAAUCAACGCGGAGCCCGCGUUCUUACCUCAUCUUCGCAAGCUGCAUGCACGGUUCCCCCGUCUCCGAAUUGUACUAGAACACGCGACGACCCGGGCGGCAGUCGAAUGUGUGAAGAGCUUGGGUGAUACCGUAGCUUGCACCAUAACCGCGCACCAUCUGGUUCUCACUGUGGACGACUGGGCUGGCCAAUCCUGGAACUUCUGCAAACCUGUCGCUAAGUUCCCGGACGACAGACAGGCACUCCGGGAUGUCAUCAAGGAAGGGCACCCGCGGUUCUUUCUUGGCUCCGACUCAGCUCCACAUCCACCCCACACAAAGUCUACCGCGACACCCGUGCACGCCUGCGCUGCCGGCGUAUACACCUCGCCGAUAUUGCUACCACUUGUUGCACAAGUCCUUGAAUCCUUCGGUGCCCUUGACCGAUUAGAAGGGUUCGUCAGCACGAAUGGUCGUAUUUUCUACCGUGCGUCAGCCUCUGCUGGAGAGAAUGUCGUCAUUCGGAAGGUGCAAGGCAAGCGCGUAGAAGAAAAAUGGGUAGAGGGUGAACAGAGUGUUGUACCAUUUUGGGCCGGCCGAGACCUUAGCUGGGAGGUCGUGGAGUAGUAAUUAACAUGCAGUAUCAUGAAAGCAAAGGUGUAUGCUAUCUCAUCGUAUAUUGCG